AUCAUGGAGAGAGUCAUAGUGUAGGAUGCUUAACGUGCUCUGGGUGGACAGACUCUUAAACACCUCACCAGACUGCAGUUACCAAUUAACCUAAUUAAGAUAGGCUAGUUUAGUUAGCAACCGUUACUGCAGCUGAAACCAGCUGAACUCGCUCAUUAUACACUAUUAUUAUUAUUAUUUUAUAUUGAUUUUUGUAUUAAGACGGUGAAAAUGACAGGACAUUAGGAAACACGCGGUUAACGUUUCGGUUCAAUAGUUAUGUUUACAUGUUGGAGUCGCGCUUCUUUGAUAAGCUAACCAGCUAGCUAGCCGUUUCCUCCACGUGUUUUCAGUCGUGAUGGAGUCUCUCUAACUCUCUCUUGUUAACACUCUGUUGAUCUUCAACUGGCCGCUCGUUUCACUCAUUUUCUGGACUUCAUUUGGGACACUAAACCUCAUGUUUCACCCGGUGUGGCCUGGCUGGCCUUCAUCACACAGUUACGUGGCUAGUGAGUAUGCUAGCGUGGUGUUGCUGCCGUCGCAUCUUUUUACUGCUUUUCACAAUGUGGUGAAUGAACAGCCAAGUCCAAAAGAAAACAGGAAAUUCUUGCUGGAAAGCUCUGUAUUUGAUUUGGUGGAUGCUUAUAAAUACCUCGCCUUAACUGACCCAAAGCUGCUGGGUUGGUAUCUCUGUUUGUCUCCAGAGGACAGAAAAAUAAUACAAGAUGAAGGAGGGUUUCACCACUUCCUGCAAAGACAUCCCGCCCUAGGGCUGUCUCGCCAUCAUGUUUAUGUGAACUAUUCCUUUGCAUGUGUCUUACCUGCCCAGUCAACCAUGACGUCCUCCUGGCCUACGCAUGUCUCACGAUCUACAACGUCAGGAGCAACGAAGAGCAGAUCUGAAAUAUCCCAUACACAUCUGGACAUGGACAUGCUUCCCAAUAAGAUGAGGGAGGCUUUAACCUUGCUUGGCUGUACCCACUGCGGGGAUGGAUCACAAAAACAUCCAACAGCCUUCAACAGCCCCACCACUCAGGAACCGAACCAGCAGAAGGCCAACGCAGCUUCGUCCCAUCUGAACGAACAAUGGCCAUCAUGGCAGAUGUCUAACAGCAGCGCAGCUGUGAGCAGGAGCCAGACUGCAAUGACAAAAGGCCAGAGUGCUAACUCCACAUAUGCUGACGUCAGUCCAUUACAGUCAGAAUGGUCAGCAUUUGAAAAAGACUUGCCUCCUGACUACUACAGCUUUAACAGUACUCAGGUGGACGGUACAGAGUACAGUGACGGGAGCAUCAUUCAGCCAGUUGAGCUACCACAGGUCAGCUCUCCUCCUCUGGACCCAGUUGAAGAAAAUGGCUCAAAGGAAGGGUGUCAGGAUCACAUGGUGUAUGGUACUGAGGACACUGUAAAAGAUGAUGAAGCUAGCUCAAGCUUUGAUCAGAGUGAUGUCUUCCAUAGCAUCAUGGAGAACGACAAGAGCAUACUUGUCUGUCUGACCAGCAAAGAUGUGAAAGCACUCAACAGUGAGGUUCACUCAGGUCCAGCCGCCGCUGAUAGUGAAGCACCGGCAGCCAACAGUGAGACCUUAAAGUCUGCUCAGUCUGUCAUCAAGAUUAUCACUGCAGAAAAGUACACCUCCCCGAUGCCCUGCGUUACUACCUGUGACAUGAUGGUCGGCACUGAGCUGGCACCGAGCAUGUCAGCUGUCACCCAAACUGAGGAUCCAGAAACGGCCGACAAGCACGUCAUCACUGAAGUUCACAUGGCAGACCUGGACUACCUCGCUGAGGAAUUUAUCAAACUCAAGACGACUCAGGAGGAAUGGAGAGAGCAGAAAGAGAAAAUGAAAAGUUUGGGUUGUAAAUCGAGGGAGGAAUGUGAGUGUAUCAAGCGUGCUGAGCGAGCAGAGCUGUGCCUCCUGGCCCUGCAGUACAGCAUGUGCAGGCAGCACUGCUGGAGACUCCACUAUGUCUCUGCUGAGGGAGGACAGCUCACCCUGAUGCUGAAGAACCCUCCUGCAAACAUCGCAAGUGCUCUGCAAAAACUGGAAUCUGACUUUAAUCAGAUGAGGGAUAAAAUCCUGGCGGGGGUUCCUCUGGAGCAACUCAAGCCUCUGUCUGUAGAUUCUGAGAAGAUAACCACAUGUGCAAGUUACAUCCCUGCACAGAUCAUUGGUGAUGUGCUGGGAAAAGUUCCAUCUUGCAGCUCCCGGGAGCCACAGAAACAUAAAGCAUCAGGGGAAGAAAAUAGACGUCCCGAUGAUCAAAGCAGAAAUGCCUGCCAGCUUCCUCAGCACAGUCAGGGGAAGGAAAAGGAAAAACAAAUUAAGAAUGUGAACAGCAAAGCAAGGAGAGCUGUCACUCUGGUCCCGCAGGAUAGAGAUGCUAUCCAUAAUGCACAAAAGCCAGAAGAAAAGCAGACAACAGCCGCAGGCCAAGAGCUCAACACAAGCGAGGCGUGGUACGAUGCUGAAGAAGACCUGGAGCCUGCUGGAGCUGCUGGAGCUGCUGAGACGGGAGAGGAACCAACAGUGAUCGCAAAAGCUAAGGCCGAUGAAUCAGCCAGUGACGAGGUCAAGAGUUCAGUCCUCUGUGUUUCCAACCUGCCCAGUAAUGUGACAGAGAGUGAUGUGAUGCUGUGGUUUGAGAAAUACCACGCCUCUGAAGUCAACAUCUCUGCUUUAAAGAAUGAUUUCAGAGUUGCCAUAGUGAUGAUAAGUGGACCCCAGUCUGCCGAGGCUGCUGUGAGAGAGCUGCACGGCUGCUGCAUGCAAGGCCAUACUUUACAUGUGAAGCACAUCAUCAGAAACACUGGUGGGAGCCAGAGCCAGAGCCAGACCUCAGCCUCCGUCAGGGGGCCUGAGUCCUCACAGGAUGCCAACAAACCACAAACUACCAAGACUGACUCCAGCAGCACUGAAAGAAAGCUGAUGAGCCAGCCACCGCUCAGCUCCAGCAUCAAGACCAGGAAGGUGGUCUGCAUCUCCCCCACAGCAAAGGGAACCUUUGUGCCCCAACACUACAGCACCAUGGGAAGCUUCGAUACCCUGAUGGCAGAGCUGACGCAGCGCCACCCCGACGUCGGAAGGCAGAGGAUUGUGGACGCUCUGAUGGAGCUGAAGGCCAAGCACCGGGGCAUCCUCUGCGGCCUGCCCCUCAGGACCAUCAGGGAGAUGACGUCCAAGCUUCUGACCAGGCCAGCGAGUGCCACGCAGUUAUGAGGAAGCAGUGCUUCCAUUUUUUUGUUGUUGUUCUGAAUAGCAUCACAAUUCCUCAAGUUUUUCUUUAUAACUUAAAUAUUUAAAAGAAGGUGGAAGCAAUGAAUAUGAAAAAGUUGUUCUUUAACUUUGUUACAAUCUACCAUAGUGUGUGUACUGUACAAGUAGCAUUGGAUUGUUUUUGAUUAUUAUUAUUGUAGGCUUUUUUGGAUAUUCAAACAUUGAAAGUUUGAGGGCUUCACACAGUGCCUCCUCUGCCAGUUGUUCGGCAGUUAAAUUAUUUUUUAAAGAAAAUAGUUUAUAAAGAUUUCUAAAGGUUGCAUACAGUUGUAUUUGCAGUUUUGUUUGUAUUUUUUUGUGUCUUCUGUCAAUAAAAGGACACACAUUGAAAUAUUU